AUGUGUGGUGUGUCGCUGUCAGUGUCUCUUGAGUUAUCCUCUUCGCCGAAUCAUGUGAACCCGCCCACGACCUUCCUGAGCCCUGCCGACAUGCCGGUCCAUAUCGACAGUGAUGCAGCCCUGGGAUCCUCAACUCUUGGGCAAGAGGAGGAUCCUCGGAAGGAGACAAGUCGGGGGGACAGAGUGAAGGAGGUGAAACAGAAGGAGAGGAAGGAACGAUGA